AUCCUAUUGCUGGAGAAGGAGAAAAGUGCUCCGGAUCCUUUCAGGACUCUUGGUCUUUUGGGCGUGACACAAACUGAGUGAGGGAAGAGGGAGAAAGAUCCCCUGGAUCCCUGCAGGAUUAAUUUAUUUAAAAAGAAAAUAAUAGAAAAAUACUCAACAUGCAAAAGUCUUGUGAAGAAAAUGAAGGAAAACCACAGAACAUACCAAAAGCCGAGGAAGACCGCCCUUCAGAAGAUGUACCGCAGGAGGCAGAAGGAAAUCCUCAGCCUUCCGAAGAAGGUGUAAGCCAGGAAGCAGAAGGAAAUCUAAGAAGCGGGCUGACUGAACCUGGCCAGGGAUUUAAAGAGGACACUCCCGUUAGGAAUUUGGACCCUGAAGAAAUGCUAAGAGGAGUAGAUGAAUUGGAAAGGCUUAGGGAAGAAAUAAGAAGAGUAAGAAACAAGUUUGUGAUGAUGCAUUGGAAGCAAAGACAUUCACGCAGCCGUCCUUAUCCUGUGUGCUUUAGGUCUUGAGUGUUUUUUUUUUUAAUUUUUAAAUUUUUUUUUUUUGGUCUGAUAGUAAAAUCUGGCUCCUGGCCCCUGCUUUCUUUCUGUUAGUAUUUUCUGAUGUAUCUUUUACCUUUGUUUUACUUUUAAUUAUCUGGUGGGAUUUUGUUUUAGGUAGUUUCCUUGU